AUGACCGAAGAAAGGGGAAGGAGGGCUGAGGCGGGUUCCAAGACGGCACCGGCGGAGGAACCACAAAGGGCCGCAAUUGGCGGUAGAGAAAAAGGGGAGUUUCGGGAUGCAGCAGCUGGUAGUGCAAAGCCCGCAGCCCCCACAACAGCCGUUGGCCCCGAAGACGCGGCGGUGAGGCGCGUCCUGGAAGAAAAGUAUUGGGAAAAAACCCACGGGUUUGACCCGUCUAAGCGAGGGAUGCCGCUCUUUUUGGCCCUAGAGCAUAGUCCCUCUAAGUCCGCACCGAUGCGGUCUAAGCCACCGGAGCGCGGCGUGUUGAAGGCCGAAGCCGGGGCGGUAAGCGCGUUGGAACCUCCACAAGGCGAACCUGAACAGAAGUCUCUGGAAUCGGCAAGCGAGAAAAAGUUGCUUGACGAAGAAUUGGCAAUGGCUUCCCAUCACGAUUGGCUCCCUAAGGAAGAAACGGUGGGGAUUGAAGAGCCAGCGAUUACUAUGCCUAGCGUGGCUCCUGUGAAGGAUGAGGGCCCAGGGGGCUCGCAGAGCAUUGCUCAGGCGAGCCAAAGUGGCGAGGCUCACCAAAGACGCAUACAGCACAUGGGUAACGCCUCUGGAGGAGCAGGUGAAGGAAAAGAGUCCAAUGCCUCCGACAAGGUUGCCGUGCCGGAAGAAGCGCCUAGCGAGAAGCAAAAGACGGCAACUCACUCUGAAAGUGAAGUGGAGGCCAAUGUGGGGGGAAAGCAAACUCUUUAUACGGAAGGAAAUCAACCCUUUCUUUCCGAACCAAUCGAAGAAGCUCAAGGAUUUCCCUCAACUACUAAAAGUGGCCUCAAAUCACCAUGCAACAUACACGCAAGUGAGUACGCCGACAGCGUGAAUAUGUACCAAAGCAAUCAGGGGAGCGUCAGGAGCAACAUGAGUCAUUCUAUCACGGGCAGCAGGCAUAGGGGGAAUACAGAAGGUGCUAUUCACGGCGAUGAAGCUUGGGCCAAGCAAGCGCUGCCCAUGAAUGGUGAGGUCAGGCGGGGCUCUCUGACGGGGAGGCUUGAAACCCACGCACUGGAAGGAGGUGCAGCGCCGGAAGGUAAUGAGCCUCCUAUCACGAGCGAGGGACCACCGCACACGUCGGAACUAACCGCCGAGGUCCUGCGAAAUUACUUCUCAAACAACUUUGCAGUGACAAGUGGGGGAGAACGCGCUGAGGGUGUGGAAUACACGGAUUCCUCUCUGUAUAAGACGUGCCUGUCCGCAGGGACGAACGAUGGGGGCAGCCUGCGGGGGAGAAGAAAGCUGCCUAAGCGUUAUGCGGCGCCUAACUGCAGCGGAAUGGUCUCCUCAACGAGGCCAGACCCGGUAAUUCCACCGUUUCACAGACGUCUCCUUUUGGAUAUGGAGGAGAAGAUGGAUAGAGAGAAGAGAACCCUGGAGCAUUCGCUGAACGAAUACACUUUUCACCCCCAAACCGCUGCUGUGCCGCACGGACGGUUACCCCAAAGGCGACAUAAACCAACAAACGCAGGUGGUUUGUCGGAAUCGCCGCAUCAGAGUUCUCCUGCAAUAUCACAAAGUUUACCGUCGCGACGCAUAGUCAUGGAGGAUCCCUUGCCGACAUUUACACCGGAGAUUUCCAAAUUUGCAAGAGAGGCACCGCGGUCUAAUUUGCCUUACCAUGAACGCCUGUACACGCCAAAGGCCGCCUUGCCUCGGGCGGGGACAGCUGGCGUUUCAAAAGGUCAUUCCCUGGAUCUCUCGCCGCGCAUGCUGGAGUUAAUCGAUAAUUCAACGCCGCCACUGUUUCAUCCGACCAUUUCUCCCUUGGCCAUGUCUAUUGAGAAUGGUGCCCCGUUUCAUGAGCGCCUCUACCAAACGAAAGAGGAGAUGGAGCGACGUCGCAGCGGCGGCGCUCCUGUACAGUCACCCACAGUCUCCCCCCGUCGAUCACCACGAAAUAUCAAGUUGUCUCCGCGUCUUUUGCAGCGUCCUCCGCCGCCGCCGGAGACGCUCCCGUACUCGUUUCAUCCGGAGAUUUCACCACGUGCAAGGUCUAUGGAGGCCAACGCCCCUGUUCAUCAGCGGCUCUACCCCACAAAGGAGGAAAGAUCGGCGGUCUUAGAACGACAACAAAAGAAAUUUGAUGAGUUUUUGGCCUCCUUUCAGCCUUCCAUCACGGACCGUGGCAGCCGUGCAUACGAGGGUUCUGGUGUGGUGCGACGAAAUGUCGUUAGGCGUCUGACGGAACCAAGGGAGCAACCUCAGCAGUUUGUUGACCCGGCCCUCACUUUUCACCCCUUUAUCACGCAGAAAGCAAGAGAUUUGAAAACUGGGAAUUUGGCGGCAUCAUCGUGGCGGUUUGGCGAUUCGAAUGAGUGA